AUGCCACGAUCGGGUACGACAUUGAUUCGUACGAUAUUAAAUACCCAUCCAUUACUUAGUUGUGGUGAAGAAACACGUGUUAUGCAGAAAAUUUUGGGCAUGAGAAAUAUGUGGAGACAAUCUAAAUUAGAAUGGAAUCUAUUGAUUUCAGCUGGAAUGAGUGAAGAUAUUCUUGAUUCAGCAGUGAGAGCAUUUAUCUAUGAAAUACUUGUUCGACAGAGUCACUAUAACACUAUAUUAUGUAUUAAUGAUCAUUUUGUUUUAAAAGAUGCCAGUUACAUAUCAAAAUUAUUUCCAAAUUCAAAAUUUUUAUUAUUGAUUCGAGAUGCAAGAGCUGUUAUUCACAGUAUUAUGUCCAAAAAUGUAACCAUUAUCGGUUUUAGUUUAACUGAUUAUAGAAAAAAUUUCAAAUCAUGGAACAAUGGUAUUGAUAGUAUGGUUAAAGCAUGUAUAAAUGCUGGGCCAUCGAAUUGUCUAUUUGUUUACUAUGAACAAUUAGUUUUACAUCCAAAGUCAACAAUUAAAAAUAUAUUUAAAUUUUUAACUAUACCAUGGGCAGACAGUGUAUUACAUCAUGAUAAGUUAAUUGGUGAAAAAAUAUUAUUAUUUAAAACAGCAUAUUUCAGUGAUCAAAUCAUUAAACUGAUUAAUUUAGAAUCAUUGACAAAAUGGUUUGGACAUAUACCAGAUACUGUUAAACGAGAAAUUGAUAUAUUAGCACCAAUGUUAAAACAACUAGGCUAUGAUACACAAUCUGAGAUGCCAUUCUACGGUGAACCAGAUCAUUCUGUAAUUGACAAUUCUAAUAAUGUUAAAAAAAAUACAUCAUUUUGGAAUGAUCAGAUGAGACGCUUUGCAGAUUCUGAUGUUUGA